AUGGCUCACGAUCGUGGGUCGUUGGCUGCCAAUUCGCCGGCGGCCUUCGGCCAGAAGCUCUGCAAAGAUCCGACGACGAACAAAACCGCUCAAGCCACGGUCACGUGCGUGUACCGUGCCAGGAUCGCCGGCUUCUGGCGCAACGUGACGGCCUUGUGGGGUAAGAAUUUGAUGAACAAUACCCUCAGCCUCUCCAUCGACGCCGUCGAUAAUGCCGCCACCGCCGCCGCCGCCGCCGCCGUCGUCUACACCUGCAAGAUCGACCUGAAGCCGUGGCAUUUCUGGACAAAAAAAGGGUCCAAAGCAAUCGAAAUCGACGACGGAUCAAUAGUCGACGUGCACUGGAAUCUCCGAUCGGCGAGAUUCUCCGGCAGCUGCCCGGAGCCCUGCUCCGAUUACUACGUGGCGAUUGUCUCCGACGACGAGGUUGUCUUAUUAUUGGGAGAUUACAAAAAAAAAGCCUACAAGAGGACGAAAGCGUCGCCGACGUUGGUGGACGCGAAAUUGUAUUAUAAAAAAGAGAAUCUUUUUGGGAAGAGAUCAUUUUCGACGAGGGCGAGGUUUAACGGUCGGAAGCCGGAGCACGAGAUUGUCGUGGAGAGCUCAGCGUGGGGCCCAAAUGACCCGGAAAUGUGGAUAAGCGUCGACGGGGCGGUGGUGGUGCACGUGACCAAUUUGCAGUGGAAGUUCCGGGGGAACGAGACGGUGGUGGUGGACGAGGAGACGGUGAGAGUUUUCUGGGACGUUCAUGCCUGGUUGUUCUGCGCGCCGGGGACCAGUUAUGGGUUGUUUAUAUUUAGGUCCGGCGACGGCGGCGGCGGCGGCGGCGAUGGCGGCGGUUGGGAGGAGGAUUCGUUGGGGUUUUGCCUGUAUCUUUAUGCGUGGAGGAUUGAAUGA